AGCCUUGCCCCUGCCCCCGGCCCUACUUACCUUCCUUCUCCUUGUCUUCCCCCCUUCCUGCCGGCACGGCCGCCCUCGGGGCUGGAAAGGGCUGCUCUCGGACCCGCGAGAGGAGUAAGGGAGGCUGGAACUUCACAACUGCACACUUGUGACAGUGAGCGAGCGGGAAGCGGAGACAGGGGAAGGGACGGAGAGGAGAGAGGAGAAGUGAGGCGACAAAGAGAGAGAGAGAGAGAGACCCCUGCAGAUCCUGAGCCAGAGGGCGGGUGGACGGAGGGGUGGGAGUCGCCCAAGCGGUCCCUCCGGGAGCGGCGGCAGGUCCGGGGCCGCCCCCGCUGCCCGCCCGGAGCCAGCCGUACACGAUCCGCCCGGCAGCUGCGCCCUCGCCGCCGCCGCCAGGGCCGAGCAGACCCAGGGCGCCCGGACGCCGUCUCCGCUCGUCUCCUCCCCGCGGCUGGGAGCGGCUCCGGAGCUGCGAGACUGGACGGGGCUCGGGGGUCGGGACGCGCAGCCCCGGAGGAGGCGGACGCACGCUCCCGCGAGCCGGAGGGUGAGCAGGCACCCCGGCCGCCCCUGCCUUCUUUCCGCCGGAGUUGAAUCUGUGCUGCCCGUGUCCAGGUGCUGAGCUUCCGGACGGACGCGGACCCCUCUCCCCGCCCGCGGCCGCCUUGUCAUGCUGCCUAAAGUGGAGACGGAAGCCCUGGGACUGGCUCGGUCGCAUGGGGAACAGGGGCAGAUGCCGGAAAACAUGCAAGUGUCUCAGUUUAAAAUGGUGAAUUACUCCUAUGAUGAAGACCUUGAAGAGCUCUGUCCGGUGUGUGGAGAUAAAGUGUCUGGGUACCAUUACGGGCUCCUCACCUGUGAAAGCUGCAAGGGGUUUUUUAAGCGAACAGUCCAAAAUAAUAAAAGGUACACAUGUAUAGAAAACCAGAACUGCCAAAUUGACAAAACACAGAGAAAGCGUUGUCCCUACUGUCGAUUUCAAAAAUGUCUAAGUGUUGGAAUGAAGCUAGAAGCGGUAAGAGCCGACCGAAUGCGCGGAGGAAGGAAUAAGUUUGGGCCAAUGUACAAGAGGGACAGGGCCCUGAAGCAACAGAAGAAAGCCCUCAUCCGAGCCAAUGGACUGAAGCUAGAAGCCAUGUCUCAGGUGAUCCAAGCAAUGCCCUCUGAGCUGACCAUCUCCUCUGCCAUUCAGAACAUCCACUCUGCCUCCAAAGGCCUACCUCUGAACCACGCUGCCUUGCCUCCUACGGACUACGACAGAAGUCCCUUUGUAACGUCCCCCAUUAGCAUGACAAUGCCACCUCAUGGCAGCCUGCAAGGUUACCAAACCUACAGCCACUUUCCUAGCCGAGCCAUCAAGUCCGAGUACCCAGACCCCUACACCAGCUCGCCAGAGUCCAUAAUGGGCUAUUCCUACAUGGAUAGUUACCAGACCAGCUCACCGGCAAGCAUCCCACAUCUGAUACUGGAACUUUUGAAGUGUGAGCCAGAUGAGCCUCAAGUCCAGGCCAAAAUCAUGGCCUAUUUGCAGCAAGAGCAGGCUAACCGCAGCAAGCACGAAAAGCUGAGCACGUUUGGGCUGAUGUGCAAAAUGGCCGAUCAGACCCUCUUCUCCAUCGUCGAGUGGGCCAGGAGUAGUAUCUUCUUCCGAGAGCUCAAGGUUGAUGACCAAAUGAAGCUGCUUCAGAACUGCUGGAGUGAGCUCUUAAUUCUCGACCACAUUUACCGACAAGUGGUACAUGGAAAGGAAGGAUCCAUCUUCCUGGUUACUGGGCAACAAGUGGACUAUUCCAUAAUAGCCUCACAGGCUGGGGCCACCCUCAACAGUCUCAUGAGUCAUGCACAGGAGUUAGUGGCAAAGCUUCGUUCUCUACAGUUUGAUCAACGAGAGUUUGUGUGUCUGAAAUUCUUGGUGCUCUUUAGUUUAGAUGUCAAAAACCUUGAGAACUUCCAGCUGGUAGAAGGUGUCCAGGAGCAAGUCAAUGCCGCCCUGCUGGACUACACCAUGUGCAACUACCCUCAGCAGACAGAGAAGUUUGGGCAGCUGCUGCUUCGACUACCGGAAAUCCGAGCCAUCAGCACGCAGGCUGAGGAGUACCUCUACUACAAGCACCUGAACGGGGAUGUGCCCUAUAACAACCUCCUCAUUGAAAUGCUGCAUGCCAAAAGAGCUUAAGUAACAACGCCUAGGAGCUCUGCUUUCAAAACAAAAAGAGAUUGGCAGGGCUGGGUGGGAGAAGAACAGGAAGAAAGAAAAAAAAAAUACUCUGAACUGCUCCAAGCAACGCUAAUUAAAAACUUGGUUUAAAGAUAUUGAAUUUAAAAAGGCAUAAUAAUCAAAUACUUAAUAGCAAAUAAAUGAUGUAUCAGGGUAUUUGUAUUGCAAACUGUGAAUCAAAGGCUUCACAUCCCCAAAGGAGUCCAUAUAAAAGACACUAACGGAGUGGACUAAACUCACAGACGGAUACCAACGCCAUGUCAGAAUAAAAAUGGACAGAACAGUUCUUGUAUAUUUAAACUGAUCUCCGCUGUGAACAACUUUAGGAACUGAUCUGUGUUAUUAAUUAGGCUUUUACAGCGGGGGAUUUGAGCUUACAAAAUUCCUCCAUGGUAAAGCUGAACUGAUUCUCAAGAUUCCAUCAGCUGCACCUGUAAUAGCCCGUCCCUCUUCCUUCCGAGGACCCAGCACCUUCUGUCCUGUGAUCACGGAAUCUGUGCUAAGGACUUGUGCUCAGCCACACCCACUAGUAGCUCCAUCAAAUCAUGAAAAGCCUAAUUUUGAAUGUCUGUCUUAGACCUGCAAACAGCUAAUAAGAACAGUCUAUUAAUAUGUUAGCUUGCCAUGUUAAAUAUGUUCUGGUUUGUUUUGUCGUGUGUUCAUAAUGUUAAAAAAGCAGGUAGUAUCCCUCUUCUGAUCUUCUAGAAGCAUUAAUUACUAUUAAGGGAAAUGACUACAAACUUUUAAAGCAAAUGUGCCAUAGCUAAAGCAAGCUAGACCUUAUUUCUGCUACUGUUACUGAAAUGUGGCUUUGGCAUUGCUGGAUUUCAUAAAAAUUUCUGGCCGAAAGACUUGUUAGAAUCCAUCAGUCUUUCAAACCAUCGAAGUUUGUAGUUCAUUUAAAAAUAAAACAUAAACCAUAUUUUGCUGGGAUGUCAAAUAGUCAUGGUUCUAAGUAGUUUAAAACAAAACCGAAGCAUGUUAAGCUAUGCAAGAAGACAAGAAAGGAUGAGCAGAUAAAUUGGUUGACUCAAGGUUUGUUCUUGUUACAAUUGAACAUCCCCUAAAUGUAGAAUGGAAACAGUGAUUUUUACAUGUGGCCUGGAAAGAUAUUAAAGUAAUUCAAAUCUUCCCCAAAAGGGAAAGAGAGUGAUAUUGACCUUUCUAAGUCAUAGACCAAAGUCUGCUAUAGAACAAAUAUUGGAGGACAGAGAAUUGCAAACAAGCUCUCCAGACAACAGUAUCAGUAUUAUUAACACGCAGUGCCACAGGUAUGGAGGUCUUGCCUUAUUUCACAAUCAUAAAAGGCAGCUGUGCAGAUGUGGAUCAACAUUUGUUUAAAAUAAAGUAUUAAUAAAGUCCAAUAAAACAUAGUGUUUACAUUCUUUAGGUCCUGUGGGGGGAGGGAGGACUGUGAUAUUACAAAAUAGCAAAAGCAGUAAUUUCCUUAAUGUUAUUUUUCUGAUCGGUAAUUAUUUUUAACAGUCCUUAAUUAUUGUAUGUCGUGAGACACUAAAAUCAAAAACAGGAAUCUCAUUUAGACUUUAAUUUUUUCAAGAUUAUUGGUGGCACAAUCACUUUGUAGAAAUUGUAAAGAUAGAAGUAUCUCCUGGUCCCUUAAUUUUUUCACAAAUGUUUCUGGCUUUUGAAUAGUUUAUUUAUAUUGUAUAUCAUAGUUUCAACUGUAGACAAUUAUGAUGCUAAUUUAUUGUUCCUUGGUUUCACCUUUGUAUAAGAUAUCGCCAAGAUGGAAGAAACCAAAUAUAUGUGUUUAUUGUAGCAUGUCUUCAAGUUAGUGGAACAUAGUUCAGGGGCAGAGAAGGGUCUUAAUGAAUUAAAAUCAUUCACUUGAUUAAAUGUCUGUAAAUCUUCAUAAUUCUUACUGUAGUUUAUUUAAUAUCUAUUGUAAAUUAUGUGACUCUGUUUUCAAGUGAAUUUAACAGUGGAGUCCUACCUGGUUUUCCUUUCCCAGCAUUGUAAGUUGUAUACCAAAGAUAUUAGUUAUUACUUCUGUGUGUACAAAGAGAAUUCUUUUAUUAUUUUUAUUAAUCGCCUCUCAUACUCGUCCACAUGAAGGGUACACAUUAGCUAGGCUGAGCUCCCACAGCUCCUCAUGCAGAGUCUCAGUCACCUGUGUCAUCGUCAUGGCUCAAAGGACAAUGAAACAUUUCUGCUCAGAGUCCAUAUCCAAAGCAUGGAAUCAACUGGCAGCCUCCUCGCUCUCCCCAGUUAGAAACCAAGUUGGCUAGAAGACACGUGGAGAGAAGUGGUGUCAACAGUUAAAGAAAUGGUUCCAUCAUAUCUGUGGAACAUGGGUGGAAGCGAUUAUGAGAUCUGGGGGAUCUCAUAAUUGAAGGGUCUUUAACAUUGCAAAAACAAAAAUCCCCAAAUACAUUGAUUCUGAAAGUCCGUGUUUUUUUAUUUUAAAUAUACAGUACUCCCCACUAAAUAUUAAACUUAAAAAAACGUCAGAUAUUGGUACGUUGUUAAGCUAGUAAAUUACACCAUGAGAACAGUUAGAAAGGUGGGCGACACGGAGAGUUACACCCACACUGCCGGGGACAUCCGGGAUGGAACCUCAUGAGCAAGAACACCCCACAGCCAGCGCCGGCGACCCACCCAACGCUGGCCGAUGAAACUUCCCUCGUGUUCAUUAUUAACCAAUUUGUAACCAGACAUUUACUUAGCAACUGCCUUAUCAAUUACAGGAUUUAUUAGUAAAAGCAGACUCAACUGGAAAGGUUUUUGGCUUAGCCUGGUUUAUUAGCGUUGGUCUGUGUUUGUAAACAGACAAUUUGCAAUGUGUGCAUAUUUGUAUCACAGAUCUUCUGCAGCUACCGUGGAUCUGAAUCCAUGCAAUGUUUAAAGUGUGAAGUCGGUUACUCGUUGACGUCUCCUUCCUGUGUCAUUGAAAUACAUAAUGUCAUGUCGGUUCUUGCCAGGAAUUUCUCAACAAAAUGGAAUUUUUUUUCAGUAUUUCAAUAAAUAUUGAUAUGCCCAGCCUGAUAAUUUUUAAAA